CUCAGAGGAAGAAGAUUAGUUUCACCGCGCUCUCUGUUUGUAGGUAAUGCUGGUUUAAUACAAAUAACUGUUUCGGUUAAUAGAAAAAUACAGUUUUGAAUCAGGUCAGUAAAUACCUGUAAUAUUCUCAUCCUCACAGUCGUGACUAAGUUUUGAAGCAAGCAGGAAUAUCUGGAGGAGUAUCAUCUGAACUGAGGUCUGCUGCUGUGAAGAUGGUGUUUGUUAAAGAGGAGAGUGAAGAGAACACGAGUGAACCAGAAACCUGGAGAAUAAAACACGAGGAACCAGAAACCUGGAGAAUAAAACACGAGGAACCAGAAACCUGGAGAAUAAAACACGAGGAACCAGAAACCUGGAGAAUAAAACAUGAGGAACCAGAAACCUGCAGAAUAAAAGAGGAACCAGAACCCUUGAGAAUAAAACAGGAGGAACCAGAACCCUGCAGAAUAAAAGAGGAACCAGAACCCUGCAGAAUAAAACAGGAGGAACAAGGAGAGUUCAUUGAAGAAAAAGAGGAGAAUGAAGAAUCAAGUGAAGUUGAGGAGAAAAAUCAUGUCAAAACUGGAGGAAAACCUUUGAGUUACUCUCAAACCAAACAGAAAGAUUUAAAGAAAGGAAGAGCCAAUAAAUCUUUCACCUGCACUCAGUGUGGAAAGAGUUUCACACACAAAGCAAGUUUUGCGCGUCACAUGAGAGUUCAUACUGGAGAGAAACCAUUCACUUGCGAUCAGUGCGGGAAGAGUUUCACACAAUCAUCACAUCUUAAAGAACACAUGAACAUCCACACUAGAGAGAAACAGCACGCAUGCGAUCAAUGCAGUAAAAUGUUUUUAUGGGCUUCAGUUCUGAAGAAACACUUGAAAGUUCAUGCAAAGGAGAAGCCACAUCCAUGUCAUUUGUGUGGUAAGAGUUUUUCGCGUCUACAAAAUUUGAAAGUACAUCAGAAAAUGCAUGAUGCUGUGGAAGAGUACAUGUGCUUUGAGUGUGAAAAGACUUUUAGUUCAGCGACCUGUUUAAAACUGCAUGAGAGGAUUCACACUGGAACAAAACCUUAUAAGUGUUCACACUGUGACAAGAGGUUCAGUCAGUCAGGACAACUGAAAAUACACAAGAGGAUCCACACCGGAGAAAAACCAUAUAAGUGUUCACACUGUGACAAGAGAUUCAAUCAUUCAGCACAUCUGAAAACACAUGAGAUGAUCCACACUGGAGAGAAACCUUAUGAGUGUUCACACUGUGAAAAGAGAUUCAAUCAUUCAUCACAUCUGAAAACACAUGAGAGGAUCCACACUGGAGAGAAACCUUAUAAGUGUUCACACUGUGAAAAGAGAUUCAAUCAUUCAGCACAUCUGAAAACACAUGAGAUGAUCCACACUGGAGAGAAACUUUAUAAGUGUUCUCACUGUGACAAGAGAUUCAAUCAGCUACCAAAUCUGAAAACACAUGAGAGGAUCCACACUGGAGAGAAACCUUAUAAGUGUUCUCACUGCAACAAGAGAUUCAAUCAGUCAACAAAUAUGAAAAAACAUGAGAGGAUCCACACUGGAGAGUAACCGUAUCACUGCACUGCACGUGGGAAGUGUUUAAUUCAGUCAUCUGUUAUACACAGUCAUACAAAAAAAAAAAAAACAGUAAGUCCCCGUACACACAGAGACACGUUUAGCUGUAUAUGUAAAUAUUAGAGAUGUACCGAUUGCAACUUUUUUUGGCCGAUUCCGAUUUCAGAUUUUUCAGAAAGUGUGACCUGCUGAUUUUUACUGUAAGAGAACUGUAAUGAAAGCAUAUAAAGAAAUAUUUUCUUCAAUUAAAUUUUUUAUUUUAUAAUAAAAGAAAUGAUUAAACAUUGCCUUAUCUUCUCACAACAAAAUAACUUUAACAAUAUAAAGUGCUUUGUGUCUUGAAAAGGGUAUAAAAUGAGUUCCUGUAUAUAACUAACAUAGUAGUUAUACUAACAAAAAUCUUUUACUCAAUGAAAUUUUUUAUUUUAUAAUAAAAGAAAUUAAUAAACAUCACAGGAUCUUCUCACAACAAAAUAAUUUUGACAACAAAAAGUGCUCUGCACCUUGAAAAAGUUAGAAAUAAAAUAACUAACAAAGUAGACUUACUAACAAAAGUCUACUUCAAUUAAAUUGUUUUUUUUAUUAUGAAAUAAUUUUUUAAACAUUAAUUACAGGAUCGUCUCACAACAAUAACUUUAACAACAAAAAGUGCACUGUCUUAAAAGGGUAGAAGUAAUGCUAAUACUAAAUGCUAUUAUUUGAGGAUUAAUGGAAAGUUUUUCUUGACAAAGAGAAGCAUUUCUGCCUUGUUACCAGUUAAUCGGUUUCUCGUUUCUCCUUUCAUCUACCACAUGUCCAGCCAAGCUAAACAAGUGCUCACUUUCGACACUUGUACAUGGAGCGGAGAGAUAGGCUCGGGCAAGUUAAGCAAGUGCGGGGUAAAGAUCUUUGUUGAUCCUCCAGUAGGUCAAAACAUUUUCGCCUCUGCUGCCGGGCAACUCGGAGAGGUAGCUCUGAACUUGCACAGAUGAGGGGCUGGCCAGCAGCUGCUCCAUCUCAGCAUUUUCCUUCAGUAUUUCAUCAUGUACUGAAAGUAGUAGACUACAUGGAUUUUUGGCUGGAGGUACGUCUGUGGCAGGACCAGGUACUGGAGAAGCUUCUGCAACAGGUUCAUCGGGGGCCUGGUCUGGUCUGGUCUUCCCCUCCAGAAUAGCCAAACGUGCUUGUUUCACUUGGUGUUUACCAUCUGCUGAAAAGUAGCGAUUCUUAUACCUUUUGUGUAAACAGACAAAUAGACAAGAAGGAUAGGUUACAUGAAACUCAUAUAUAUAUAUAUAUAUAUGUUAUAUUAUAUAUUAUCAACAUUUUAACACAAUGCUGAUUAUUAUUAUUGGCAACGGAUUAUUAUUAAUAAUAAUAAUCACCAUCAUCAUCAUAAUGAUCAUGAGACUUUAUGUAACAGCUGUCUAUGUAACCUACCUGGGAUCAAUAAUGGUGGCCAAAGUAUAUAGUGUAUAGCUCCUUUUCAAUGUUGCCGAACCUUCUCUGAACUGCCUCCAGCAGUGUAGUUUUUGCAGUGCCCACUCCACGAUCUGCCUCUGUCUUUUUUCUCAAAAAGCCGUUUAAGAACAUUGAUGGCUGGAAUGACAUCUGCGUCGGUUGCUGUUGAGGAGCUAAUUUCCUUUGUGAGUUCCUUGAAAGGCUUGAGCAUUCUCAGGAUGUUCUCAAUAAGUCCCCACUGAUGUGUGCUGAGUGUGGCCGGCAGCUCGUGCUACGCUGCAUAUGCCUCCAAAGCGCAUCUCUGUUCCACCAGCGAUUGCAACAUAUAAUAGGUGCUGUUUCAUCUGGUCGGAACGUCUUGCUGCAGUCUUUUACUGGGUUGACCCAACUGUGCCUGAAUAUCAUGAAGACGCGAAUAUGAGAGGGUUGAGUGUUUAAAAUGUCCGACGAUCUUCCUGGCAAUUGCGAGCAUAUCGGUGAUGCUUCGCUGUGACAGCACACCCUUGUUCACGACCAGCUGUAAUGUAUGUGCAAAGCAUGGCAAACAUGUGCUUUGCUUAUAUUUGCUUAUAUUUCAUGCAUUAUCUCGAAGCAAGACAUGAACCCUGUUCUUGCCCAAACCCCACCACUGCAACAUUUUGUCAAACGUUGCCGCUAAGUUGGCAGCAGUAUGGGACCCCUUCAUUUCUUGACAGUGCAGAAGUAAUUGUUGUCGCUGAAAAUCUUUGUCAACCCAGUGAGCAGUCAGGCUCAUCAUUGACAUUAAGCUAACGUUACAUGUCCAAAUAUCAGUAGUAAAACGUAUGGCUACUUCAGGAUCGUCUUGUAACAGGCUUUGUGUGUGUUCUGACACAAGGUUAAACAACUCUGGUAAGGCAACGUCGGAAAAGUACCGCCGGCUCAGUGUAAUGUAUUUUGGACUGAGGUAAUUUAUCAAAUUUCUGAAACCCCUGUCCUCGACUAUGGAGAACGGCUGGUCAUCAAGUGCCAUGAAUUCCAUAAUUUUUCUUGUAAUUACUUUGGUCUUUUCACUGCUCAUCCCAAUAAAAGAUAGCAGAGGCUGCUGACUUGUGGCUGGCGAGCUUUGGCUUGAACUCGGAGAGCUAGCUUUAGCCGUUUUCCCCUUUUCAAACUGGGCAUAUUCAGCUGAGUGAUGGUGUUUUAAGUGUCUUAUUAGGUUUGUUGUUCCGAACGUUUUUGUGGUUGUUCCCCCACGUUGUAUUUUGGCCUUACAAAUGUUACAAACUGCAAUCUUUGUCAUCUUCACUCACAGAAAAGAACUUCCACACCAACGACAUGUUUACAUGUGACCGUAAGUGUGCGAGUGGCUGUGACGUCAAUGCCUGCACCACUGGCAAUAAAAGGAUCGGCUUGGACUCAGCAAGACGUGAGACUGACCAGCUGGUCACCGAUCCGGGCCGGUUAUGCGAAAAAUCGUCCGAUGCCGGUCAAUCGGUGCAUCUGUAGUAAAUAUUUUGUAUCAUAUCGGCGUUUUGUCCAGAUGGAUCCAGCGUUUUGGGAGCCUCAAACUGAUAUUUUUUUUAAACUGUCAUUACCCCACGUCUCGACCCCAGUCAGACACCGCUACAUCACAUAACAGCAGCAACAACAACAAUGGCGGACUAGGGUAAAUGUACCUAUUAAGCUCACGUACCCAUUAAGCACACUUCCAUAUUUGAGCUCAGAUUGUAAAAAGAAAAAAUAAUGUAUUAUCAUACUUGAUGUCUUAACCGAUUGAUGUGUUUGCCACUAUAUACCCUCCUAUUAGUGCUGUCAAAACACCCGGUACUUCGGUACCAAGUCGGUACAAAAAAAAUUAAAACGUCACGGUAUCAGGUUUUUUUAAGUAUCGGUGGUACCGAGUACCCGGUCAACCCGGUUCUUGACUCAUACGGCCCUAUGAUUUCCGCGAUGCAGAAAACGCGGACAGAAUCUCGGAAUCCAGUUAUAAAAACGGAAUUUACAGUUUAGCACGGAAUGUCACAGAAUUUGUCAAAGUUUGGAUGAAUUAAUCAAAAGUAGAUCAUUACACUUAAAUCAAAUCGCGACACGGACUAGUAUCUGUAAAUAUUAAGCCGCAAAAGUUGAUUCAGAUAUGAAUCCCGCAUGUUCUGCGAGUCUCUGUGUGAAUGAAUGGCAGAGACGCGCGGGGUUUUUGGGGUUUUUUUUCCUACACGCACUGAAGCGCGUGUGACACUCAUGGUGAUUUCAGCAUCUGCUGUCUCAAUGAGGACAUAAAUACAUAAACAACAUCUACAGAACUGCUCUGAGAGUCACUUCAGGAGCACUUUACCGUUUCAUUCGAGUAAAACUAGCGUCAUAUCAUAUAACUACACACAGAAAUGUAAAGGUAUUCACGGCAACCCAUCAAAAUAAAAGUUUAUCUUAAAGACAUUGUGCCAAAAAUAUAUUACUAUUAUUUAGUAGAAUGUAUGUGAUACUAUUACUACUGUUGAUAAAAAAAAAAAUUAUUUUGAAAGAAAUAAUCACACAAUAUUUCUUCCAUAUUUGAAUUUUAAUAGUAAAUCCCCUUUAUUUACCCAAAAAAUAAAAUGUUUAAAUUUAAUUAAUUAAAAGACAAAUUAAAUUUGGGUGAAACUUUACUGUUUACUGUUUUUCAUACUUUUAUUACUUGCGGAAAAACUUGAAACACAAUUUAAAUAAGUAUAAAGAAUUGCAUUGAUUUUUGUACAUUUUAUUUUUGUUUGAAUUUAUUAUUAAAAAUAGUGUUUUUUAAUUAGCAUGUGGUACUGAGAACUGUGGAUUUUCACUGGUAUCGGUACCGAAUACUAAAAUUUUGGUACCGUGACAACACUACCUCCUAUAAUCAAGUCAAGUCAAUCAGAUCAUUGCACACUGAGAUAUGGGUCUCCAUGUGUUCACACUGUCUGGCGGCCAUUUUGAAAGCUGUCUGAAAACUUUCACCAAAAGUGUAGCCCUUUAAAUGUGCUUUUUUUUUUAUUUUAUUUUUUAUAUAGAUAUUUAAGUCUUUAUUUUGGGUAAGUUUCACUACUUGCUGUAAAAUUAAGAGAUUGAUGUUUAGACUUGCAUAAUAUAACCUGGAACUUGGAUGUGGUAAACAAUUACAAUUAGAUCCAAAAGAUUGUUUUAGCAACACAGCGCAGAUGGUACAGAACACAGUUAGCUGACUAGCUGCAUAAGAUUGUGUGCUGCGCUAAUAUAUUACUUCACAGGCAUUACUGGCUUGUACUUUUAAAUCCAUAAUAUUAUAAAUUUACAGUUUAUUGCUGGUCUGUUGUUUUACUGUAUGAUGAUUGAAAUCGUGCAAAUGGCCAAAUAAACUGCGAAUAGAUUGUUCUCUAAAGCAUCAUGGACGGAUUGGUCCUGAGAGUGCUGUACGAGCUCGCGGCGCUAUCUGCAGGACAGUUCAAAGCGUUCAAAUGAUUCAAAGCACCAAACACGAAUAGAAUCAGAGCUGAAACGUGUUACUCGACCCAGUGACUUUUUAUGAACGGUGGUGAGAAUUUGAGAUUGCUAGUGCUGUCAUAAAAUUCGCAACAGUUGUGAUGUAAUUAUAUAAUAGAAUGUAGUCUGACGCGCUACAUGUAAUAUUACAGUAACAUUACUGUUUUUAGUUUCGAUUCAGCUGCGCUUAGUUUGAGCUUCUUUAAUUUGCACUUGGGAACGCGACAUUCGUCAUUAGAAACGUUUAUAAAUCUGUUGUUUAUGAAGAGAAGUUUCAGCGUCACAAUCCUUCAGAAAUCAUUAUAAUAUGCUGAUUUGCUGCUUUAGAAAGAUUUCUCAUUAUUAUUAUCAUUGUUAAAAACAGUAUUUCUGCUUAAUAUUUUUGUGGAAACAAUGAUACCACUCAAACAUUUGUGUAAGAUUUAAAAAAGAGAGAAAUUAAUAAUUUUAUUCAUCAUGCAUGAAAGUGAUAAAAAGUGAGUGAAGACACUUAAAAUUAUUUCUACUUAAUAAAUGCAUCAACAAAUUUAAUAAAUAUAUUUGAUAAAUGCAAAUUAACGUUUGUUAAUUAAACUUUAUAUUUAUCAAAAAUUCUGAAAAAUAAAGUGUAUCACCAUUUCCACAAAAUAUGAAGCAGCAAUAUUGUAUUCAACAUUGAUAAUAAUCAGAAAUGUUUCUUGAGUCAAUUAAAUUGACACUGAAAACUGGAGUAAUGAAGAAACUUCUGCUUUGCAUCACAGGAAUAACAUUACAUUAUAUAAUAUAUUAAAAUUGAAAUCUAAUCAAAUAAAUUAAUCCUUGAUGAGCCUUAUUUCCAGCCUUAUUUCAAAGUCAUUAAUAAUUGUAAUGUUUUCAAACUUUUGGCAGGUACUUUUAAUAACAAUAACAAUUAUAUGUACUUUAUUAUAAUAUAUUAUAGUACUUUAUUGUUAUAUAUUAAAUUGUUAUCAUGAUUAUUAAAUGCUGCUUUUUAUUUUUUACAGGACAAUAGUAUGUAUUAUUACAAUAUAAGAUAUAUAUUUUAAUGUGCUAAAAUAUAUAUAUUUUUAAUAAGUGCUGGGGGCGUGGCUUGUGGGCGUGACUUGAACGUGGUCAGAUUUUCCUUCUUUUUUGUCUCUAGCUGAUCACAUGCCUGUUUCAUAGAUAUUGUUAAUAAUAGUUGUUCAUAAUAAAAUAUGUAUGAACUUAUACAUGACCUAGAUCAUUUAUUUAGCAAAAUUUUGUCAUUUUAAUAAAUAUUACAUGAAAUUUAGUAAAAAUUGUUUCUUUGCAAUUAAGCUCAGUGUGCUCUCUUUAAGCUCUUCCACACUGAACGUCUAUGUAUACUUCAUAAACAGACUCUACAUAUAAACUGAUGGUUGUCACUUCAAGUUAAGUUAAUCGAUUUUCUAUGGAUUCUGUCAACUCAAAUCUGACUGGCUCUGACCAUCUAGCAUCAACUUCUCCAGACUGUAAAUUGGUGGAAAAUCGGAGCAAAAAUCGUGUAGUGUAUUCCAGCCUUAAGAGACUAUAGAUAAGUUGACAUCCAUUUAAUAAGAGGCUUCAAAAUGAGGCUAGUUUCUGUGUUCAUCCCCAUCAAUUAAAUGUUUUAUUUGAUUUUUGAAUAUGUGCUACUAGCUGACCGUGGACUAGUAGAGAUGUUGCAGUGUGCUUAAAUGACACUUCACUAUGAAUAUAUAACUGAUCAAAUUUAAUGCCUUUUUGCUUGAUUUUAGUGUUCUGUUUUUAUUUUUAUUUAAUUUUUUUAUUGACUUCGUACCUUCAAAAAAUAUAUUUUUCAAUUAUUCUUUUAAAAAGGUUGUUUAAAAUAAACAAGAAUUUUAAUAAAACAUGAUGUGAGCUUAAUGGGAACAGGGAUGUGUUACAAAAAUGUACCCAUUAAGCACAGCCAGACUUUUUGCAUUUAAUGAUGUAUAUCUUAAUUGAAAUGCUUUUGUCAUUUAAAAUAAAAUUAAAUAUUUUUGUGUGUGA